GCAGGGGCAGCAUGCCGAACUGGGGAGGAGGAAACAAGUGCGGCGCGUGCGGCCGCACCGUCUACCACGCCGAGGAGGUGCAGUGCGACGGCAGGAGCUUCCACAAGUGCUGCUUCCUCUGCAUGGUCUGCCGGAAAAACUUGGACAGCACAACUGUAGCGAUUCACGACGCUGAAGUUUAUUGCAAGUCUUGCUAUGGAAAGAAGUACGGCCCCAAAGGUUAUGGAUACGGGCAGGGGGCAGGCACCCUGAACAUGGACAGGGGAGAGAGGCUGGGCAUCAAGCCUGAGAGCACACCCUCUCCCCACCGACCCACAACAAACCCAAACACUUCAAAAUUCGCUCAGAAGUUUGGAGGUGCAGAGAAAUGCUCAAGAUGUGGCGAUUCUGUUUACGCGGCUGAGAAAGUAAUAGGUGCAGGGAAGCCAUGGCACAAAAACUGCUUUCGAUGUGCCAAGUGUGGGAAGAGCCUAGAAUCAACAACCCUAACUGAGAAGGAAGGAGAAAUCUACUGUAAAGGUUGUUACGCGAAGAACUUUGGACCCAAAGGAUUUGGAUACGGCCAGGGAGCAGGUGCCCUUGUUCACGCUCAGUGAGCGAGCACAACUUAUGGCUCUUCUGAGACUCUCCUGUAAGAAAGCAGUUUCCCAAAUGUUACUAACUGCUAUGAAAUGGAAACUAGUUUACUAUAGUACACGGGCCAACU